CCUGAUCUGUGGCUCUCAGGUCUACUGAAGAAAGUCCUCCAGCCCGAGUAGGGAAACAUGUGAAGAAUUAGAGAGGAAUUGUUCUUCUCAUCUUCUGUUUCAGGUGCUUUCAUCUCAAGGACAUCAUCAUGCUUUGGCUACGCGCAGGUCAUGAUAUUAUCAGUUCUCUGGAGCCAGCCAACAUUGACACCAGUAUCCUGGAAGAGUACAUCAGCAAGGAGGACGAUAGCACUGACAUCUGUUUCUCGGAGGUCCACAGCACCCCGGGACCAAAUUACUCAUCUCCCCAGGCAGGAGUGUCCUCCUCUGGGGGGUUGGUGUGUGGUGUGAGCCCUCCUAUUCCACUGCGCCAAGGAGCCCUUCCGCCUGGGCCUCCAAACUGUCAGAACGCGUACCCCCCGGGUCCACCGCUCGGCCUCCGCCACAACUACCUCUGCCUGGGACAGCAGCAGCAGCAGCAGCAGCAGCAGCAGCAGCACCACCAGCCGCAGCAACAGCAGGCCCACCUCAAGCCUGAGCACAGGGGCCACUACGCUCCAGGUACACUACCUGAGUCCCCUCCAGACUCCAGCUCAGAGCCGUAUUCUCCGCAGCAGGUGAAUGAUACUCACAUGAUCAGGACCAUGACGCCAGAGAACAUGUGUCACAUGACUCCUACGCCACCCCUUCCACCACACGGGCACUAUCCCAGCAUGCACCGGGACAUGUACCUGAAGCCUGAGCCCAUGAUUUCCCAGUACUCAAUGGGUCCAGCUACAAGCGGAAGUGGAGACAUGCAGCAGACCCAGAUGCUCCACCAGCUACUGCAGCAUCCUCAUGGGCAGGACAGCAUCCCCGCUCAUCAGGCCAAGAAGAGGAAGCACUCGGACUCUCCCAACAGCACCAUCAAUUCCCAAAUCAUCACAGGUAUCAUCAAACAAGAACCAGGUUUAAUGCAGGAUGCAGACAACUCCUACCUGGACCCAAACUAUCAGUGCAUCAAGUGGCAGCCUCACCAGCAGAACAAGUGGACACCGCUAUAUGACGCAAACUGCAAAGAGCUUCCAAUGCCAACCUACCGUGUUGAUGCUGACAAGGGCUUCAACUUCUCCUUGGCUGACGAUGCUUUUGUUUGCCAGAAGAAGAAUCAUUUCCAGGUCACAGUAUAUGUAGGCAUGCUAGGAGACCCCAAGUACAUAAAGACAAGUGACGGCCUGCAGCCCAUCGACUGCUUCUACCUCAAACUCAACGGAGUAAAGGUGCGCCGAGGCAAAAUAGUGGAGGCAGUAAAUCAGUCUAUCAGCGUGGAGCAGUCACAGUCCGACCGCAGCAAGAGACCCUUUAAGCCAGUGCUGGUCACCCUGCCCUCAGAGCAGGUCACAAAGGUCACAGUGGGGCGGCUCCACUUCAGCGAGACCACGGCAAAUAACAUGAGGAAGAAGGGCAAGCCAAACCCCGACCAGAGGUAUUUCAUGCUGGUGGUGGCACUACAAGCUCAGUCCCACAGUCAGAGCUACACUGUGGCUGCUCAAGCGUCUGAGAGGAUCAUCGUCAGGGUAACGUCUGGCCAUGCCUCCAACCCUGGCCAGUUUGAAAGUGACACCGAGGUGCUGUGGCAGCGCGGCCAGCUGCCAGACUCCGUCUACCACCACGGGAGAGUCGGCAUCAACACCGACAGGCCGGACGAAGCCCUUGUUGUCCAUGGCAACCUGAAGGUUAUGGGCUCGCUGGUACACCCGUCUGACAUCAGGGCCAAAGAAAAUGUCCAGGAGGUCGACACUACAGACAAUUUGAAACGGAUUUCUCAGAUGAGGCUCGUCCAUUAUCAAUUCAAACCUGAGUUUGCCGCCUGCGUGGGCAUAGAGAGCACAGCAGAAACUGGAGUGAUCGCUCAAGAGGUUCAGAAAAUCUUGCCUGAAGCAGUCAAGGAGGGGGGCGACAUAGUGUUUGCCAACGGUGAAACUAUCCCCAAACUGUUAGUGGUCAACAAGGACCGCAUCUUCAUGGAGAACGUGGGAGCGGUGAAGGAGCUUUGUAAGCUGACAGACAACCUGGAGACUCGCAUCGACGAACUGGAGCGCUGGAGCCGCAAACUGGCCAAGCUGCGUCGCCUUGACAGCAUGAAGAGCACUGUGAGCGGAAGCACUGUCAGCCAAUCCGGGAGCUAUUUCAGCAGAACAGGAAGUGGCCCACUGAGGAAGAAGACGGUCAAACCUGGGAGCAAGAACUCGGCCCCAGAUCAAGGCUGCAUUAGCCAGAGGUUGAUGCAGGGAACCAUCCUGGCAUUGGUCAUUGUCAUGGCCUUCAGUGUCAUUUCCAUGUCUGUCCUGUAUGUGUUGACUCUUCACCAUAGAGGAGACGUCACAGAGAAAGAUGGCUAUGUUCCCUCCUGUGUUCUCUACAUCUCUUGGAGGCCCAUCUUUACUGCCUCUUUAACUUUCUGUCCACCUAUCUGCCCAUGGUCCAGAGCUGCACUGGGAUCCUCACGCAAGAGUUCUUAUACUCCACUGUCCACAACGCCUGCACCAGCUUGCUGUUCAACUACAGCCAUAAACAACCAAUCAGCAACAGUUGUGACAUUGAGUAACAACCAAUCUACACCAGACAGCCCGGUUCCCACACCAGGACCCAUUAAUAAAAAGGCCAAGUCCAGACCAAUGGAAAAAGACGGUCGCAGUAGAAACCGUCUGAGUCACACCUCAGCACCUUUGUACUUUGCCAAGUCCAAAAGACCGUCAACCACGGACCUGGGCGAAGUGGCAGCUACCAACCGGCUGGCUCCAGGUCAGCCGCCUGUGCCACGCAGACAGCGCAGCCUGCGCGCAAAGGGAGGAAGGUCGGCGCCCUCUCUGACUAGCCUACAUAUCGUGGAGACGAACCAAGAGAUCUCCGUAAAGAAUUGCUCCACACCUGAAAGCUGCAGCUACACAGUAUCACUCCAUGGCAACAGAAAUUCCUCCAAAUCACAUAUCACUUUGCAUAUGAUGUCAAUGAACAGCGUGUGGGUACAACAAUGUGGAGCCACCAAGGGACGUUUAUGCCCCAACCACGCAGAGACAGAGCUCUAUGGUGGACAGAGUUCAUCAACAAAGGGGACUCAUCACCUUUGGUCCGUGCCUUUGUUGUCCUUCCAGGACAUCACCUAUCACUUCCGUGUCUCUCUGUCUAGUGAAGUGAGCUGUGCCACUGAGGGAGAAACCUCAUCAUACUCCGACUACCACUUUCUCAUCCAGAGCAGCUGUGUUUGAGAAGGAAGAUUUGUCCCACAGGCGUUAGAGUACACCACACUUUCCCUUUGUGUACGCUGUUGAGAUGGGAUCAGGUUUUAUCUUAUUAUUGUAUAUUAUGUUUUAAAGAUAUCAUACAGAACAAGCUUCACACCCCUGUUCCUACUGCAAUCCCCUCUCCGUAGUUGACAACUUUGUUGUGUCUGUCGAUUGAGUUUGUGAGUUUUAUGCUCAUUUAAUUGAUGAUCACCAAAUACUCAAAAGAAGACAUACUUACUUUCUUACAAAAUUGAAGUUUCAAAAUGAAGCCCAGCGUAAGAUACUUUAGAUUGACUAUGCAGCCAUUUUUGUCUCUUUUUCCAAUUCAAUGAAUCUGUAUGAACACUGAGACCAGUGUCAACUGAAAACAAAAACACAUUUUAUACACUGGGGAGAACAUCAUUGACUUCUGGUGAAGGCUUCAGUGAAUGGUUGCAACUUGCACUGAGUAUAUACCUCAGUAGUGCACACUGGCAAAUCCACGGUCUCUACAGUAGAGCAUUGUGUUUGUGUGGGCUGCUGCAGUCGACUCGACUGUCUGCUGUCUCCUCAUGCAACAUCUGACUGAACACUGCACACAGAAAGAAAUACUGUGCAGUCUGUCUUUCUUGAUCGUGGCAUUGACAUAAACGUUAAAGUGUUACACCAAAUGUGCAUGCAUAUGCAUAGUAUCACACAGAAACCCUUGUUAUUGUUCCGAAAUUGAAGUCCUAUUCAUUUUAAGCAGAUUCACUGGAAGACAUGCGAUAAGACUGGAUAAGUAAACAAAUCACUGGAAAUGAAAAUGUAGAAACACUGACAGCUCUUGGCAUCUGAUAGUUGAGUUAAAUUGAAAGUCCAACACUGACAAUAUUUCACUGGAAUCGCUUACACUGUAUUUUGUUAACUGGAAAGAAUGCUGACAAGGUAAUAACUGGCAUAAAUCAUUUCAGGUGCAUGCCCAAUCAUUUCUUUAAAAGGUAACAUCUCAGCCCAGAGGCCACUCAAAUGCUGCUUCAGCUAUGGGAGAUGGAUGUUAAUGGGUCGAUAAAGUUGAGAGGGAGUUGCAUUUGUUUUGUGCACACUACAGAGUUAGAAUUGGAUAUUAUACACUGAACUGUUUUGUGUUUUUCUCUAGAUGUUUUGAAUACUUUUCCUGGCAUUAAACAAUUACGAAUAUGCAGUGAUAACAUCAUGAGUAUAUAUGAUUUGUAUGAUGUUUCUUUUGUUAUUAUCUUUUCUUUUUUUUAAGUCAUUAUUCACUUACUCUCACCAACAUCCUUUUGUUGAAAAGGUGUUUCUAAUACAUAUUCAAUAAAUGACUGCAUUCAUAAAGAAAGAACAUAACAGUAUAUCUCACAUGUAAAAUCAAUAUUAAACAGGAAACAGCCAUCAGACAAAAGGUUAUGGAAUCGUAAUAUUAAGAAACUGUACAAUGUUUUCAGUAUAAUUAUGAUGACUUUGGUGGGUAGAGUGUGAUAUUUUAGCUUAUUUAUAACGCACCAGCUAGCAUAAUGAAACCAAUGUAGCACUUUUUGCACUGUAUAUAUGUACUGCUUUUACUCUAUCCAAUGCACCAGACGGUUUUAAAUACUCUGGUAGAACUGCAUUACAUGUAACUGUAUAGCUUCAUUUUGUUACUACCAAUGCUCCUUUUUAUCUGAUGUGUUUUAUCAUAUUGUUUUUAUAGUUGAUAUGUUUGUGGGUUGUUGUAUUAUUAAUAAUAUAUUACCUUUUAGCUAAUAAAGCCCAAAAAUUACAAAAAAGUAAAACAGACAUACAGCAAUAUAUUUGUAAUGUUAGCACUAUUUGCCGUGAGAAAAUACCAUAACACUAAAACUUGAGUACUUUAAUAUCACUACUUCUUUUUAGCCUCUUUUAUCAUUUAAUUUUCAAAACAUUAUGUCAACAUAUAAAAGAAUUGUAAUACGAUGUAAAUGCAUGUAGUGAAUAAAUUUGUGAUUGAACUUUC